GUGGACUGCUUCGUCCUUCGGAUGGGCCGUAAAACUGUAGGGUGUGCAUGGUGUUAUGCACGUAAAAGCACCCAGUAACACUUUUCGCAAAGAGAAGGGGUUCGGCCCCGGUGUUUCUGGCAAGUGCGUUUAUCCUCAUACAUAUGAGGCUGGCAGGCUGCACUCAGUUCAAAGAGGGAAGGAAGAAAGCGGAAGGGAAAGUCCCCCCAGAUGACACUGUCAUAUCAGCCCUACAGCUGAAAGCUAGCACCAAGCUGAUGAUGAUAGGUACCAGGGAAGAAACCAUCGCUGCGGCCAAUGAGAAACCAAAAGAUAUGGAGGAAGUCAUUGACGACUUUGACAUCGAAGAUGAGGAAAUUCAAACAGAACGCAGGGAAGAAUUCCUUGGGAAAAUUCAGCGGAGAAUCCGAGACUACGAGAUCAAAAUUUUAAAUGAGCCCCGGGCAGACAAGAAACUACUAGUGCUGGAUGUGGAUUACACACUAUUUGACCACAGGUCUGUGGCCGAGCAUGCACUAGAGUUGAAGAGACCUUUCCUGCAUGAGUUCCUCACUUCAGCUUAUAAACACUAUGAUAUAGUCAUCUGGUCUGCCACCAGCAUGAAGUGGAUUGAAGUCAAGAUGAAGGAACUAGGAGUCAGCUCUCAUCAAGAUUACAAGAUCGCCUUCAUGGUUGACAGUGGUGCCUGCAUCUCUGUGCAGACCCCGAAAUAUGGUGUGGUCGACACCAAACCCCUUGGUGUCAUCUGGGGCAAGUUUGGGCAGUACACAAGCGCCAACACCAUCAUGUUUGAUGACCUACGAAGAAAUUUCCUGAUGAACCCACAGAAUGGCCUCAAAAUCCGGCCGUUCCGGCAGGCCCACAAGAACCGUGACAAGGACAAGGAGUUACUGAGGCUAGCUAGGUACUUGGAAGACAUUGCUGACUUGCCAGACCUCAGUCACCUCAACCACAGACAUUGGGAAUCCUACACACCACCCAAACCCUCAUGAACCUCAGCAAAACAGCCAUUUUUACCCACACUGUAAACAUAAAAGACCCAAUGUUAGGGGUGUAAACAUUUAUCAAUGUAUUGAAAAUUGCAAUGCAAGGAUUUUAACGAUACAGCAUCACAGUACAGAAUCUGUUGCAAUAAACUUUCAUUGUCCUUUCUGCAGUUAGGGUUUUGAACACUGGAAUUUCCCCUUUUAUUUCCAAAGCAAGGUUCUUGGUAUAUUUGUAUCUUCACAACAUGCUUUAUGUUUUUCAUUGUAAAUUUUAGAGUACCUCAGGCCAAAAAGGGGUCACAUGAAUGUCAAUACAUGUAUUGUGGCAAACGUCAAUAUGUGUGGUUAAAGGAGCACUUUUGAGGGAAUGUGCCAUUUUGGACUUGGAAUGUGAUACUUGGAAAGAUUGCAAGAAAAUAGUAUGAACGUUCGCACAACUGUACCUUGAAAAUGUCUGUUUUCAUGUAAUUACCACAUGAGGAAAUUUUGGGGAACAAAAUUAUCCCCAAAAUUUGAGCCGUUGGAGCGACAGUCAACAAACGUGUUCUUUUCAAACCAUUCUUUAGUUGUGUGUGCACUAUAAUCACCACAUGUAUAAUUCUGACGCUAGAGUGGUACCUGAUAUCUCAGAGUAUAUUGUCAAAUACAUUUUAUGCGGCACCAGUCUUUUGUGGACAGUUAGGCUUGAAAUAUGUGCAUUAUGUACACAAGGCCAAGUACCGCUGCCAUGGCAGAUGUAAACAAACAGGGUGUUUUUUGUUUUUUUUUAUUUCCAUAAAUGUCAGACAUUAUGUGGAUUUUCUAUGAUGGGACCUUUGAUAUAUAAGUCGACAGUCUACAACAUGAAAUAUUUGUGAAAUUUGACCGAAUGUACAUCUUCAAAAUUUGGAAAAAUACCAACACAGAUUUUUUUAGUCAGUUCCAAGAUCGAGAGAGGAGUUCAUGAUAAUGAGCUGUAGUAACACGUCUGAACAGUUGAGGCUGAAGAAAAUAUGCAUGGUUUCUUGAAGAUGAUAAAACAGUGACAACGUUCCUUUUCAUCAGGAAUCAAGGACUUUGAGCAGGAUGUUUCAUUGAUGUCUUUUUCACUUUGUUUAGGUCACAAAAAGAAUGCUUUCAUUCUUACACAGACUUCUUAGUCCGAGUCAGUUUUAUCUAUUACAGUGAUGAUGUUGUCAGUCAAUGCUUGAUCAUAAUUGCAUUUGUUCUGUUUUGGAGGUUAAAAAGAGCAUUUGUGGUCAGCAAAUCAGAGAAUUUGAUGCUCUAACCAACUUCAGGAAAAAUUACCUGGAGAUUAAUAAUUUAAUAACAAUUAUCAAGCAGUCUUCAAGAUUUUACUGUUAUCUGCUUGACCUUUUUUUAAAGUAAAUUAUUGCCAUGGCUUUAUAUAUAAGUGUGUAUUAUUUUGUCAACAGUUCAUCAGCACAAUUAGUUUUGGUGGGUUUUUUUUGUAAAAUAUGUUCAUUUUUCAAACAAGGAAAUUACCACUGUAGUUAAUAGAAGUAUGUCAUGCACAAAUUGGACAUGGUCAAAGAAUAAAUACAAUAUAUUUUCUUUGUGCAGCGAU